UAGUCUAAUUUCUAUUCUUUUUUAAACAUAGUGCUAUGGAAAAGCUGUGUAGAAACUUUUAACAUUGUUUUGAGAUGAGAACCAGGUAUUAAAGUUCAGGAGUUUGGGCAUUUUAUUAGAGCCCGAGGUGACAGAGCAACAACUUCUGGGGUGGGGGAGCAGCUUUCACGGAAUUCCCUUGGGACGCUGAGAAGUUGCUCGUCACCCUUACACAAUGGCUGUGUAAAUCUUCUCCCACGUUCCUGCCACAGCACGAACUUGCAGAGCGGCCCGGUGUGAGGACGAUUUUAGUAUUUCCCUGCUCAGCUCUCACAGGCACCGAGGAGCCGGCGGGGAUCCAUCGUGGCACAUCCAGAGCUGGAGGGGCCGAGGAGGCUUCCCCGGGCACCGCUGCCCGCAGGGAUGAAGGAGAGCCCGCUGUGAGCCGCUCAGGGCCGCCACGGGCGCACAGCGGAGAGCGGGCAGGAAAGGCACGGAGCUCCCCCAGCAGCGGCUCCGGCAGAGCCGCUCCCGCAGGACCCGGGCCGAGCGCCGCUUCCCUCACGGAGCCUCGGCCCCACUGCCCUCACGGCUCCCCCCUGCACGGCCGCCAUUUUAAACCGCCCGCCCGCGCCACAAGCCUUUCACUUCACUUCGCUUUUUUUUUUUUUUUUCCCGCGGCGGGGGUCUGUCGCCCCUCGCCCUCCCACACGCACACUGCUCUGCCCUCAUUUCUUUUUUUUUUUUUAUUGUUAUUGCUAUUGUUUGGGGUUUUUUUACGGGUUUCAACACACAUUGUUCAAAAAUUUCCCCGCCUCCACCGAGUCCUUCCGGGUCACGGCGGCGACGUUUUAACAGCCACUUUCCAACCGCGGGGCGAAUUAUUCAUUUAGAGGGAGAUUCCCUGUGCUCCCUCCGGCACUGCCUCGGGGUAAAGUGGGAAAAACGGAUCGGGGGUCGUUCCCGCGGCGCCGCGGGCGGGGCGGGCCCGCAUUCCCUUCCGGGGCGCCGCCGGCCAUUUUGUGGCGUUAAGCCGCGCGCGCGGGCGGUUCCUCCUCAUUUCCUCGUCGCGGCGGGACGGGGCGGCCGCUCCUGGCGCUUUGCUCCGGCCUCGGGCCGCCCCUCGGACCCUGAGGUUUAUUCUCUUCGGCCGCUGCCGCCCCUCGGGGGCUCUUGCCCACCAUGAGCUACGGCCGCCCGCCGCCCGAUGUGGAGGGCAUGACGUCCCUCAAGGUGGACAACCUGACCUACCGCACCUCCCCGGACACCCUCCGGAGAGUCUUUGAGAAGUACGGCCGCGUGGGCGACGUCUACAUUCCCCGGGACCGCUACACCAAGGAGAGCCGCGGCUUCGCCUUCGUGCGUUUCCACGACAAACGGGACGCGGAGGACGCGAUGGACGCGAUGGACGGGGCGGUGCUGGACGGCCGGGAGCUCCGCGUGCAGAUGGCCCGCUACGGCCGCCCGCCCGACUCGCACCACAGCCGCCGCGGGCCGCCGCCCCGCCGGUACAGCAGCAGCGGCUACGGCCGCCGCAGCCGCAGCCCCAGAAGACGCCGUCGCAGCCGAUCUAGAAGCAGGAGCCGUUCUAGGUCCCGCAGUCGGUCCCGUUACAGUCGAUCCAAAUCCCGGUCUCGCACACGCUCUCGGUCUCGCUCCACCUCCAAGUCCAGGUCUGCCAGGAGAUCCAAGUCAAAGUCCUCAUCUGUCUCCAGAUCUCGGUCCAGGUCAAGAUCCCGGUCUAGAUCUAGAAGCCCUCCCCCUGCCUCAAAGAGGGAAUCCAACUCCAGAUCCAGGUCUAAGAGCCCUCCCAAGUCUCCGGAAGAAGAAGGAGCUGUAUCCUCCUAGGAACAUGGUAAUGUACCUCGGGAUCAGCACAGGAUGCAUGUUACUUUAUUAGAGCACUUAGGUGGGGUGUUGGGUAGUUCUUAGAACAUUAAUAGCCUGAACCAAGUGAAUCCUAGUGGGGCACAUUGUUAGUUGUUGGUUUUGGUUUUUUUUUUCUUGAGCAGUGGUUUUUUGGUUAUUGAUUUAGGGAAAUAAUUAUUGAAGGGUUUUCUACGGAGAAUUUUUUUUUUUAAACAGAGAAAAUGUUUUAUUGCAAGAUUAAUGCCUUGGUUUUGAUAAAAUAUUGUAUGAGACGCAACCUAUGAUGAAAAUGACUAUUUCUUACUGUAUUUAUCCAACAUCUGCAUUUUCCCCUUUAAAGCUGCGGUCUCCUGUUUGCUAAAAGAAUAUUGGCCAGUAUUGCAGAUUUUAACUGAUUUGGCUGAUCCUCCAGGGACCAGUUUCUGUGGGCGUGUGUUGGAGCAGGUUUGUCUUACACUGUUAAAGAUACACUAUCCUUUUAGAACGGAAGAUCGGUUCAGUGGCCGUUGUACUGACUGGAGGUAAUAACUGUCCUAGAAAAGUGGUAAAUUCCUUGCAGCGAGAAAACCACGGAAACUUAGUUUUUCCUCAAGUGGACAUCUUGAAGAGGCAUCUAAGGAUACACCGGGUGGGGAAAGGAUAGUGUGUCUUU